CCUCACUGUCUCACAAGUCACAAGUAACUCACAAGCUCUGAUCAGAUUCUUCUCUAAAGCUCAACUCUCAAGCUCUCUCUCUCGUCUCUCCCACUCAGCGUCUCUCUCUUCUCAUUCACCCACUCACUCACUCACUGUUCCUCCGUGCCCUCCGUUCCUUCCGCCGCCACCAGUGUACCACCUGGCAACUUAGCUUCUUCUUCUCUUUCUCUUCUCCGAACAGUCUCUUCUCUGCGAGUCAGUUUGGUUCUGUGUAGUUGCCGCCAAAAUGUUGCGUAGAAAUAUUCGCAUGAGGAGGGAGUAUUUAUACAGGAAGAGCUUAGAAGGCAAAGAACGCUUGCUCUACGAAAAGAAGCGCAAGAUCAGAGAAGCACUUCAAGAAGGGAAGCCAAUACCUACUGAGCUUAGGAAUGAGGAGGCUGCACUUCGUCGAGAAAUCGAUCUCGAAGAUGAAAACACAGCUGUCCCGAGAACGCACAUUGAUGAUGAGUAUGCACAUGCUGCGGAAAAAGAUCCUAAAAUUUUGCUAACCACUUCCAGGGAUCCAAGUGCUCCUCUUCAACAGUUUGUAAAGGAGCUGAGUUAUGUCUUUCCGAAUGCACAAAGGAUGAAUCGUGGUGGUCAGGUUAUUUCUGAAAUUAUAGAGUCUUGCCGUGCACAUGAUUAUACAGAUGUUGUGUUGGUUCAUGAACAUCGUGGUGUGCCGGAUGGCUUAAUUGUCUGCCAUCUGCCAUAUGGUCCAACUGCAUAUUUUGGAUUGCUCAAUGUGGUUACAAGGCAUGAAAUCAAAGACAAGAAAGCCAUUGGUACAAUGCCUGAGGCUUAUCCACAUCUGAUUUUUGAUAACUUCUCAACUAAGUUGGGUGAAAGGACUGCCAACAUUCUAAAGUAUCUUUUCCCAGUUCCAAAACCAGACACAAAACGUAUUGUGACUUUUUCCAACCAGUCUGACUAUGUAUCGUUCAGGCAUCACAUAUAUGAAAAGCAUGGAGGUCCGAAGUCUAUUGAACUAAAGGAAAUUGGUCCACGGUUUGAGUUGCGACUUUAUCAGACUGAUAAUCAACUCUAUUGAAGCAACGGGACGGGUGGCCAGUUCACUGGAUUUUAGUCUGAACAGAUCGGUCCAUUCCAGUUCUUUUUUUAUUUGGUGUCCCAGUCCAGUUUUAAUUGCUAUGCUUUUUGCUAUUUUCACUGUUAACCAAUUAACCCAAUGUCCCUAUUUUUCUCAAACACGUUGCAGAUAAAGCUGGGAACUGUGGAUCAAGCUGAAGCUCAAAUAGAAUGGGUUAUUAGACCUUACAUGAACACAAGUAAAAAACGCAAGUUUCUCAGUGAUUGAUGUUGCCAUAACAAAAGCCGCAAUGUUAAAGUAGUAUUUACGCAGCUUAACCUGAUACACGUUGAGUGCAUUUUUUCAUCGUGACGGAACAUCGAGGAUGUCCUUAGUUCCUUAGUUUGAAAGAGAAUAUAAAAUUUUUGGAAUGAGCAAUUGAGCAUCAUUGUAAACUGCUAAAGCUAUGAAAAAGUGAGAAUGGAAUGUACUUUAUGAUUAUUUCUGGAAGAAAAUUAUUAUUUGCUUUUU